CGUGCCAAGCCGAGUGCUGAGGGGAGCAUCGUUGAAAAAAUCGAAGGCUAGAUCCAUUUGCAAUUUGUUACAGCUUUGAUUUGUAAAACAGAUUAGUUAAUAGUAAGAAAAGACAUAGGUAAAAUAUCACCUGAAAUGAUUCAAUAGAUAACAACGAAUACGUCUUUAAAUUAUGCAGAUCUCAAAAAGGAAUAGGGGAUGCGGAUGUGGUUUUUAGCGUGCUGAUUUUAAAUUUGAUAAUGCUGGAUUUCAUGGAAAGCAUCUGUAUAUCAUACCCUAUGGCUCUUAAUGUCAAGUUAAAAGUUUCUUGCUCUUAACAGUGUCGAAUGUAUAUACAGGGUUCCCAUAAAAUGUAUGCAUGGCUCGAAUGAUUAUAGCUUCAGUUCCUAUUUGUAUAUAAUUAACAUUUAAACACCAAAUUAAUCUACAUAAAAUAUACAGUUUUUUCUCUUACUGCAAAUGUUCACAAUUUUUAUCGCUGUGGUCAAUAAACUGCUGGUAACAGUGGGCUAUUGACCCAGCAAACAUUUUCUGUAGUGUCCAUGGUGCAUUUCCUCUCAAUUGCGGCCUUCAAAUCUCUCAGUGUUGUUGUUUUUCUGCUUAAGGUAUUAUCACAAAAAGUAUAUAGGCGUCAGGUCUGCGGAACGCAUAGAGUGUUCAAUGGGACGUUUUCGUCCAACUCAUCUGUUUAUAAAAUUCAGAACAUGGUCUUAAAUUACGAUGACUAUGUGUAGGUGUGCCAUCCUGUUGAAAAUAAAAUUCACCAUUUUCACCAGAACUUUUUCGAGUAUGUGGUGGGACAGAUUUCUACGGAAAGGUCAAAUAACUGGCAUCGGCCGCUGUAGUAUAAAAAAAAAAAGGUCUAAUUUAUCCUACGCUUCAAAAUGCCGCUUCACACCGUAACUCCAGCGGGCGGACUGGAAGAGCUUCAGAAAGAAUUUUUGGAGUCAGCGAUAAUGUAUGCCUUUUGCCGUGUCACAAUUCCACCUUCUGGUAUCAAAAAGAAUAUUCUCAUCAACUGGCAGGGCGAAGGAGCUCCGGUCGUUCGGAAGGGCUGCUGCGCUAAUCAUCUCCCAGACGUCGAACGUUUCUUCAAAGGCCUUCAGCUUAUCUUGAACGCCCGCUCAGAUGAAGAAAUUGAGCCCGAGGUCAUACUUGAGAAGCUUGAAAAGUGUUUCGCUUCUGCCUCAAUUCAAAGGGUAAGCCAUGGAAAUAACGUGGACGCCCCGCCUCAUGCUGUAUCGAGCGCCUACCAACGCAUCCAGCCCGAUAAAGAUGUCGUCUCGAUAAGCGAACGCGAAAAAUUUUGGCAUCAGCAGCAGGAGGACGAGAAGCGGAGCGCCCGAGAGGAAAGAAAAGCUCUCACGGAGAGGCAACGCAGAGAAAAGGAUGAGCAGCUUCAGCGAGAAGUUGAAGCGGCGAAGGCCCGUGAACAAAAAUAUCGCGAUGACUCAAAAACAGCGAGCACAAAUGUUACGGUUAAGCGUAAGCCCGUGGCUCCUGUUAAAAAGCUCGAUAUCUCAAUGUGGGAGAAGCAAAUACAGGAGAUGGGGAAAAGAGGAGGAGCAGCGGCUGUGGAUUCUGAGCCAGUCCAAAAAUUCGAUAAAAAAUGCAGUGUUCGGCAAACGAGAGCCUUAUUUGAAAACCGUAAGGAUUCGGAAAACUCUAUAUUGCCUGAUGUCGUGCCAAGUGGAAAUGUAAGAACUGUAACUGGAACAGGAACCCCUGGAAAAAUUGUCGUUCCGAAGUUCGAAAGUAAACCUAUAGAGAAGACACCUAUCAUUAUAGACAAAGGUCCAGCAACGAUCGUUGAGAACACUUCAGCCACUCCUCAAAUGUCUCAAGAACGAGACUUAAAAUCGUCUGCUGUAGGCCAUCAACCACCGCAGCAAACUGGAACUCAAGAGUUUUCGUAUACAAAGAACCUUCUCAAAGAAGAACGACGGGAAUCUGUUGACACGGGUGGAAACUACGAAGAGCAAGAUUGGGAAGAAGAACCUUUGGAAGAGCCACCUUCAAAGAUUCCGGAUCCCCUGGUUGACGCGAUGUUAGAACAGGGACUUCUGAAGGCUCCACCGGAAUCGCUAACUUCACAGAACACAAUUUCGGCGGAUCCUCCAUACACAUCUAAAACCGACUCAGCGCACCCCGACAAUCCCGGUCAAUCAAAUGUUCCAAUUGAUAAAGGCCAAUGUGCAAGGGCCUUGUUCGAUUACGAGGCAGCAGACGACACGGAAAUAUCGUUUGACCCUAAUGACAUAAUCACAAAUAUUGAUCAAAUUGACGAGGGGUGGUGGCAGGGUGUUGCACCCGAUGGAACAUUCGGUCUUUUUCCAGCAAACUAUGUCGAACUUAUAUAACCAAGACGUGAUGAACCACAAUCGAAUACCGCGGAUUGAGUGUAAAAACGUUACUGAAAAUGACAGCUUUGAUUGGGGUGCAUGGAGAACUAAACUCGUAAUAAUUUUCCUUACGAUAAUUUUGUCACAUACUAUCAAUGUAAGAUAGUAGCCAUCUGGAAUUAGCGGAGUUAAUCGAUACGAGACACAAAAGGAAAGUAAGUGUUCAGCGUAAGGCAGUUCAAAAAUGACAACCUGCUUUGUCAGAGUCCUUUCGUUGUCUUGCGUUGUAUAACUCUACCUAUUUUUUAGCUCUUAGAAAAAGAAAGCUAAGAGCGUAAAGUUAAAAAUCUGUUUUUGUGCAUCACUAAUUUCUGAUUUCAUUAUCAUCAUCACGAUCAUUGCAGGAAUUAAUAUAUGACGUGGUCUUGGUUACGUCAUCCUUCAUGCAGCGCUUAGGUAUUCCUAGCACCAACAAGAAAUGAUCCAUUGCAAUUUUUUACUCUGUACCAUAUACAUACAUAUGUAUUACCGUAUACAUAUUAGGUUGUCGAAAAAAAAAUGACCGUUUUUUUUUUAACUAGAUGUCUCUAAAGUGACAUAUUUCAGGUAAUACGAGUCGCGUCGGGUCGGUGUUAUUUAAAAGCUAAGAUUUAGUAGUAGUAAACCAUCGUUUAAAUGCCUUUAUUCAGAUUUAAUAUAGCGUCUUGAAGAUGAGUAAAAUCUGUGCAAAAAUCGACUGUUUUACAAUCUUAUUACAGUAAAGGCACAGAUACUGCCUAAGCCUAUAACAAAAUGUGAUGUUUAUGAUAAAGACAGGUUAUCGGCCGAAAGAUGACUCCAUCGCUCUCGUUCUGGAGAUUUCGAUGCGAUAGAUGUUCUUCUUGAUUUACUCGAUCGCAUUUCUAUCUGCGAAGCUUUAUAGAAACGCAACGAAAUUGAGUCAUUUCUAAAGCGGUUGAUCACGGGUGAUGAAAAAUAGAUCGAUACAACACGAACGUGCAAAUAAAAAAAUACGUUCCACAAUCUGUGACAAAAUCCAAGCUGACGCCAAAGAAAGUCACGCUAUAUAUCUGGUAGUUUUAAAAAUAAAUCGUGCAUUAUAAACUGCUGCCGCUUGGCGAAACGAUUGCUUCAGGCCUGUUAAUAACUAACAACAAGCCAAUAAAAAGAACAGACCAGAACAAGUGGGUAAAAAAAAAGUUGUCUUCCACCACGAGAAAGCUAAGUUAUACAGUUUUGAUUACACGGCAAAAACUGAAAGUGCUUGGAUGGGAAAUUUUAAUGCAUCCACCUUAAUAGUCCGGAUCCUGUACUAUCAGACUAUCAUCUGUGUCGAUCUCUCCAGAACUCCUUUAAAGAUGUUUUUUUAGUUUCAAUAGAAGGGUACGAAACUCACUUGUCACAGUUUUUCACUAGGAACGACAAAAUUUCGAUAGUUUGUAGUGUUAUCAGAAAAAUAACAUGUCACUGAUCAAAAUGGCGCAUAUUUGGUUCAGUAAGAUUUUCUUGAAAUAUAAGAAAUGUUGGUUUCAAUUUUAACGUAAAAGCGGUCAAAGCUUUUUCGAUAACAUAAUAUAUACAAGGUGGCAUAUAAAUUAAUAUUUUUAUGUGUCGUUCUUAAACAAUAUUGUAACAAAACCUUCCAAAUUAUAGUGUCAUAUAUGACGAGUAUACCUAUUCAAUAUAACCACUAUCCACCGCGAUUACACUUUCAAGGCCUAAACCACUAACCACUAAUUUUCAAUCCAUAAAUGACUUUUUGAUAAUAUCAAGUGUCAAGCGAUAUUGGUAAGUGCAGACUACCUAGAUAUGAAAAUUUUAAAAAAAAAUCGUGCUGAUAGUAUGCCAAAUGACCUAAAAAUGCAAAGACUCAAAAGGUCAAAGUCCAAAAGGCGCGAAAAGUAUCAAAAGGACAAACCAUUGGACUUCAUCUUGGUGGCGCAAUUGACAACUGAUGUUCUAAAACGGACAUUAAUUUUUAUACGACAGAAAAAAUCUAGGUGUAUCAAAAAUAGCCUUCUAAGCUACUCUAAUCAGUUUCCGAAGCUUUUGAAUCUAAAUCCCAUUAAAUAUUUUCCGAAUCGCCUUACGGAUUUUUUUUUUCUUUUCAAACGCUGCAUGGAAACUGAUAAUGAUAUCGGCUGUCGAUUUCAAAAAAAGUUUUUAAUACUGGUUGGGGUUUGCUCAGUGCAGAAUGAUUAUAUAAUGGCUUGAUUUCACUCGAAUUUCAAAAACAAUGUAGUCUUACUAACCGUGCUGAACUUGUUUUAAAAAUAACUGGCUGUUAAUUUUUAAAAAAGUGGGUUAACUCAUGCUUGAUUCGAUAAGGAGCGCACUGCAGUUUUUCCUAAUUUGAAUGCGAUAUAUAUAUAUAUAUAUAUAUAUAUACUGCCCCACCAACGAAUGUCGAUUGUUCAUAUUCAAAAUGUAUGUACUUGCGAAACUAGAAAUAGCAAAAAAAGUUGCUAUGAAGUGAACAAGUAAACAAAUUGUGAACUUUAACAAGCAAACCUAAAAUCUUUUUGAUCCGCUUUGUGCUCUAUAUUGUAUUUAUCAGAUCAAGAGAAUUGUAUCAGCGGUCUGUAGGAAGAUGGAUCUGAUUAGUCUGACUAAUCUAACACACAAAUAAAUUUAAUUUCCUAGUACGGUUGUUUGUUAUCCGUAUCAACCAAAUUUUUCUUAAACCGCAUUCAAAAAUGGCAACGCAGUGGGGUGCCGCGAUACAACCUGAUACAGCUGUUCAUUUUUUAUUAUAUAUCGGGUUCUGAAGAGCGUUUCUUAAACUAAAAUCAUUCAGAUGGUCGUUUGUUUCUUAUCCUACACAUCUUCAAUAGAAGUUGAGUAAGUGGAUAAUUGCACGACGUAAAUAACUGAAUGAAAUGCAUUUCACUAAAAUCAAUAAGCGAUUAUAUAACGAUGGCAUCGGAAAUGUCAGUGAAGCCUAUUACUUUCCAAAGAACUGACAUGAGUGUAGUUAAAAUAAGGUGGUAGAGAAGACAAUGCAAUUUCGUGAAUUGUAGCUCAGUAUUUAACACACUACAUUACACUUACUAUCAAGACUAGAUAUGUUCGAUGCUUUUAUGUAACGAAUACUAAGUAAUAUACGUGUAGAAUAUAAGUACCGCUCAGCUAUGAUAUUUUGUAUUACACUGAAGAAUGUGUCAGUGAAAAAGAUAUAUAACCAUCACUGGAUAUACCUGUUCAGCAAAGUAUUUCGGCCAUGGAACUUCGAACGUAGAACUUCGAUUUCACUAUGACUUUAGUUUUAUAUUAUUUCCUAAAAGCACAGUGUUUUUUCAUUCGGCUGAACAAGGUCUGUACUGUCGAAUUCGACUGUUUACUGAUGGUAAGAUUGUAUUUUAGAUUCAGGCUUUAAUGUCUUGGUGUCUACGCAGUACAUAUUACACUGUGAAUAUAUAAAUUAUAACUGAUGCUCGCUACGCCCCAAUGUUGCUAUCAACAUUAAGAAGCCUGUGUUGUUCUCUUGUGUUGCGUGUGCGUAUAAGGAGGCCUUAGGUUCUACUUUUAAUUCACGCCUAGAGGGUGAGUUGCUGUCUUGUUUGUAAAGAAGUGAAAAUGGAUUUAAAUUUGCCGAAAAGCUUGUUAACAACUAAUAACGGAGUUAGAUUCUCGACAGGUACUAUACACUUCAUGAUUCCGCUACAAGCAUUCUAAAACUUGGGUAAUCUUCAGGGUAAUGAGAUUUAUUCUCCUUUAGUACUUAGCAAUAAGGUUUCAAGAGCGUACAGUUUUUGUUUUUGCUUUAUUCUAGACUUCCCACCUACAAGAGAAGGGUCUUGACAGCAGUACAUGACAGCGUACCAAUUUUUCAAUUUAAGCAGUGUUCUUAGCGCAGCCACUGUUUUUCUCGUCAGUUCGUGCAUGAAACGAAGACCGAUAAACGAGUUUACGGCUGUGAGGUUGCCUAUCGUUGCUUUGAGCCCGUUUGAUAUGCAUGUUGUAAUUCUACAAUUUCACUGUAUUAGGAUAUGAAAAUUUCGAUUGAUGAAUAUUUAUAUUCUGUAUAAAUAAGGUUCUCGUUUUUACUAAUUUAACUCUAACUUCCGACCUUAAUAGUAGGCUUGUAUUUCAGUCCAACCUUACCACAUAGUUUUUUUUACUAAAUAUUAAUUUAAUAUGAACAUAAAAUUAUUAAUUUGAUAUUUAUACCCAGUAGUUUUUUUAAAACAUGUCAUACUUAUCUUUACCUGUAACUGACGAACCUCGUGUUUUGGCGUCCUUUACCUAUUUGAAUAAUAAACUGAACAGAAAUUUUUCGUAUUGAUCUCGCAGUCAUCGAAUUGCUAUUCCAAGUACUUCUACAGACUCCGUGCCUAUAUGCACGCGACUGUUGUGACCACUUCUUGUAUCAGCAUAUGGCACGUUUAACCACUUAACACCUAAAAUUAGGUUUGACUAGACCACUUUUUAUUAUCUGUAUAGAAGAGUGAAUAGAAAAAUUACUCUUGUUUACUAAUAUUUACUAUUUAUUUAAUAAUUAUUACUCUAAUUAUAUAAUUUUUAUUAUCACUAUGUGCAGUCUUACGCUUUCAAGUUCUUUUUCUUUAGGUUUCAAGUGAAACAAGAACGGGAAGGUAACCUGUUACUUUAACUUGAUUAAAUAUGUAACAAUGGAUUAUGAUCGAUUCUCACCACCAACUGAUUGAAGCUUCGGAGGUCGGCUUAGGACGAGCUGCUAAUCGUACCAAGGAAGUUAAACGCAGAAGCUACUAUGCAUAGCAGAGCGGAUAAACAGAUUAUAUAUAUAUAUAUAUAAUAUAUAUAUAUAUAUAUAUAUAUAUAUAUAUAUAUCAAUCACAACAAUGACCAAGGUUGUUACUAAUGACGAUACUUAACAUGAGCAAACAAAAAAUAUCAACAGUAACAAUUAUGAAUACACAUAUACUGUAAGAAAAGUGAAUCAAAAUGUUCUCUUCAUUAUUCUACUCAUCGUGUAAGUGUAGUAUCCUUUAAACACACUUCAACAGCUUUAAAUAAAAAGGCAAUUUGCUUAUGUUAACGGUCGUUGUUUUUAUUACGCACAACUAUCGCUUGGGUUGGGUUGUUGCUUUCGUCGUGCUUCGGAACUACUGGUAGAAGUAUGCAUACUGGAACACAAGAGCAAGUUCCAUCCUGCUUUGCUAUAAACGAUCACUCGGACCUUCUGUGCACAAAUAGCAUACAUACGCCCAAGUAUCUCGAACAACUUUUGUUUCACGAGCUGUAGAUGAGCGGGCCAUUUCAGUAGACGUCUGUCGAUGUUUAUUGGACACGAGUAACUGCUAAGAUAGUCCUAUUAUUCGUUGGUCUUACAGAAUGCACAAUUAGAUAACCUGUGUUCUAGAGAAAAAGCUGUUGCAUCAUAAUAUGCGUAUAUUAUAUCGUGCACGCUGUUUUGCAACGAAAUGGAAACUCGCUAUCUUAGGCAGUUAAGCGAUGUUCACAAUAAACAUUACACAGAAUAUAAACGGGGCCUGAAUCAGGAACGACAUAAGUUGUACCUGAAACUCUCAGUUAAAUCAUAUAUACCAACCGCUACUAGAAGGCGGGAUGCCGAGAAAAUGGAGAACACACUGGUUUGUGAUGUCCUGGCAAGAAGUCCUUGGCACUAUUCACAGUUUAUACAAACCGAAUUUGACACAAGACACUGACUGAGCGAUUCAAAAUCACAUUGCUGCCAUUGCGAAAUAAUAGAAUCCAGAAGUAAAUGGCAGGAGUAGUAGCACUAUUUUUGCUGAACAAAGAGCUGUAGUUAUAGUUCUAUAAUAGAAAGUCCUCAUCAUUUGAUAUUUAAACACUUUGCCGAAGUCCACGAUGCGUAGAAAGGGAGUUGGUGGAUAUAGGGCAUCCAUUGGCGCGGAUUGAUUUUAAGAGCAACAAUCAGAAGACAAUCAACAACAGCGGUAGUAGUAGCAGUAGUAGCAGUAGCAGAAACUAAUCAAAAAAGUCUUCACACUUCAUGAUAACAAAAUACCACACGCACAUCUCCACAAUUUAAUCCUCCAAGACCUCGUCCCAGCUGCAGCGUCCUCAUUUAGCUGUACAAUCAACACGCUCAAACACGCUUCGAGCCUUGCUUUCUAGCCUACUAAGUUUAAUAGAUUAGAGCGAUCGACUAAACGAGUGUUGAGAUCUUCUAAUGGGUUAUUAUCUUCUUAUGGCUGAAUACGCUUGGCUGACUUUUAGACGUUGGGUGAACAAAACACUACACAACGAUAGCAGCUGAUAGCGGCAGACACGCCUCAUCUCGAUACAGAGAGAGAAAAGGGAGAGGGAGAGUCUGUCAGAAUUUUUACUCCUUCUGAUGUCGCUGGAGGCUGGAAGUAUGUGCGUAAGUCACCCGAGCCUACUCCACAUACUGCACAUCAUAACCAGCACAACAUGGUCGAUUUCGAAACCGACAACAAUAACAUUACCCACAAUAGCGAUUACUAUAGUAAUCUUCUGUCCUUCUGUGCACCGGCUGGUCCACACUCAGUGACCGACUUACGGAGGAAUGAGAAACUAAACACUGUAAACAAUGCAACGAACAUCUCGUUCCUUUCACUCCUUCACACUACGCUGCACUUUUCUCUCUACUUUUUCCCCUUACUCUUAGUUUCUCUGCCUGGCUUUCUUUCUUUGUAUCUUGUAACUCUUCUCCUCUUCUGCACUGCCGUAAGCAAAAUGUACCACAUUUGUGCUGCCCAUUCGCCGCUGUUCCUUCGAUUAGCGCUGCUGUUGGCGUCGCUGCCGCUACCGCCACCACUACUGCCGCUGCUGCCGCUGCUACGCUCGCACCAUCAUCAUGAGCAACAGCAGCGUCUUUAAUUUAACUCGAGAUUCACUUAUCAAGCCACUAGUCCAUCUUGGAGGGGGAGCACUAACUUCAUGGUAUCUUUCACCAGGAGAACACCCUUUCAUCAUAAAUAGCGAUCUUGGAGGUUUUGUGUUGUGUCAAGUAACAGAGUUCACAUAGCACUUGCUGGUUUCAUGCAAUGCACUCGCUUUAGCACACGAUUCAUUGCAUUUAUUGAUCCAUCACGUCCAUUUCACGUAUCCAACACCAUCAUCCUUCAGCUGCAAUAUGCCCA